AUGGACGCUACAAUAUCUGGAAAGGAAGGAGAGAAGCAAACGGCCAAGAAUUCAAGACCUCGCUUCGCAACUCCGCUCCCGCAAUCGCCUCGGUCGGAUAUCUUAGAGUGGCGGUUCCCAGCGCCCUACUCUCAGUAUGUCUUGACAGGUCGCUCACGAGCAGCCUGGCACACCUCUUUUGUCAUCCCGCAGCUCAACCUGCUGCUUGACGCUGGUCUUGUCGUCAACAACCUACGCCCAAAGCAUAUUUUCUUGACACAUGGCCAUAGCGACCACACGCUGCUCGCGCCCUGCUUCGUCACCAGGGCUGAUCGGCCAGACAUUUACUGUCCAAAGGAGAUGGUAUGGGCACUCGAAGCCUUCAUCAGUGCGAAAACUCUCUUGAACAAAGGAGGUCUCAUCAGUGCUGAGGACCUCGAGGCUGCUGCGGACUGGGACGAGGGCGAUGAGGCUGAGGUUGAGGAUCAUCAAGCUCGAGCAUCAAGUCAAAACAAGGGCCAUGCCGGCUCGAUGGACCGCGCACAGGCUGAUAGAGACUGGGACGGCAAAGGCAUACGCCCGAAGGGCCGGACAUCACUGGACACGCAUGUGAUGCACGGCCUCACCGACGGCGAGACCAUUGCGCUGAGACGGGCCCCAACCUUUACGGCAACCGCUUUCGCAUGUGACCACACGGUACCUUGUCUCGGCUACGUCUUUGGGUUGAAUUCGAGGCGGUUGCGGCCCGAAUAUCGUGAUCUUCCGGGCGCUAAACUCAAGGAGCUGCGGCAGGCCCAAGGUGCCGAGGCCAUCACUGCGCCGCACCUGACGCCAUUGUUCGCAUUUCUAGGAGACACGACUGCAGCAACAUUGGCAGCGGGUCCAGACUGGCUUCAGGGCGGGAUCCCCGUAGUCAUCACCGAGUGCUCCUUCUUGUUCGAAGAGCACCGGGCCCAGGCCGAGAAGACCAAGCACACCCUAUGGGCAGACCUGGAGCCUGUGGUACGCCGGUUUCCCCGCACGACAUUUGUGCUUGUGCAUUUCAGUAUGAGAUACACCGAAGAUAGCGUCCGACGCUUCUUUGCCGAGUUGCCGGACCCUCCUACCAAUAUUGUCGUCUGGGCGGAUGGCGAGGGGGAUGCCGACGUGGAGGCAAGCGGUGCAGCCUCGUGA